AUGUCUGGAAUAGAGAGACCCAUGAGCAGUGAGAGCGUGUUACCGUAUUACACAGCCCACAGCUACCGCUCCACGGGUGUGUUCAAUACUUCCAUGGGGGACCUGCAGCGACAACUGUACAAGGGAGGAGAGUAUGACAUUUUCAAGUAUGCACCCAUGUUUGAGAGCGACUUCAUCCAGAUUAGCAAAAAAGGAGCGGUGAUUGAUGUUCACAACCGUGUCCGGAUGGUGACUGUGUGCAUCGCAUCCACCAGCCCCAUCCUCCCGUUACCUGACGUCAUGCUGCUGGCCCGACCAGCCAAAAUCUGUGAAGAGCAUGCCAGACGUGGCCGGCUCAUCAAGGGAAGAGGUUGUAGGGCCGGAAAGGCUCUGGAGCUCACGAGGCUGCUUCCCUUGAAAUUUGUCAAGAUCUCCAUCCAUGACCGUGAGAAACAACAGCUGCGUCUGAAGCUUGCCACCGGUCGAACGUUUUAUCUGCAGCUGUGUCCCUCGUCAGAUGCCCGGGAAGACCUUUUCUCCUACUGGGAAAAGCUUGUCUAUCUCCUGAGGCCCCCAUCAGAGAACAGCAGCAGUGUCCCAACACUCCAGACGGGGGGUGCAACCACCCCCAAGGACAAGAGCUCAGUGGCCUCAGACAUCCUUGGAGAAGGUGAUCAAGAUUCUGGGACUCAAAAGCUUCCUGAGGUGUCUAGAGCCACCUCUUCUGCCUAUGCUGGGGGCGAGGGAAUCCUGAGUUCUGCCACAACCUCUAUUGCCAUCAACUCUCCAGGAUCUGCUGACGGAGGAGCACCAGGGACAGCAGGAAGCUUGACCGUUGCAGGGGCAACAUCGGACUCUGCAGCAACUUUUGCGAUAGCAGGGUCAUCUGCAAACUCUGGCUCAGGUGCUCUAGGCAUAGCAGCAACCAAGUCCCAGGAGUCAGGCCAGGUGAGCAUAGCCCUGGCAGGAGCAGUCACCAAGGACCCAGGAGGCAGUAGCUCCAGCAAGAUCGUAGCUGCUGCCGGCAACGUAUCCUCAGAGGGAAUUAAGCUGGCGCUUGUGGGCACCUCAUCAGUGGGCACGUCCAUCGGAGAGGGCACCAGCAUGUCUGCAGACAGCAGCGUGAGCAUGGUGUUGGCAGGCACUAUGACAAGCAAAGGACCUACUGCAGAAAAGGCUGAAGAAGCAGUGCUGGCACCCCUGGUGUCAACCUUGCAGAGCGAAGGCUACAUGUGCGAGCGAGAUGGAAGCCAGAAGGUGUCCCAGAGUGCUGAAAGCAAGAAGGCAAAAAGGGAAAGAAGAGAAAAAAAGAAUAAACAUUCUAGCAGGAAAAGUUCCCGUCACCACAGGACAGGUGAAAGCCACCGCAGGACAGGUGAAAGCCACCACAGGACAAGCAAGGACAAGAACAGGAAAUCAUCCUCCCACCGGUCCACAUCGGGCCAUGGAAGCACAAGAGAGGACAAGAAAGAGAAAGGGCAUGGCAGCUCAAGGAGCAGGAGGCAUGGUUCCUCCCACAAAAGCUCAAGCCGCAGCUCCACCACCAAGGAGUCCAGAAAGGCUCAGAGAGCCAGGAAGAGCCGAUCUGCAGGUGGCUCAGGCACUGUCAGCAAGAAAUCCAGCAAAAUCAGCUCUUUUCUGAAGAGCCUCAUAGCCAUGCCUAGUUCAAAAACAGUGACCUCACACAACCACGAGAUAGACAUCAUGUCGAAGAAGGUGGAGAAACACAACAUAGAGACGAAGGUGGAGAAAGUCCAGGACUGCCAAGAGCUGGAGAUCAGUGGCACCCUGACAUCUGAGCUGACAGAGAGGAUUAUCUUCGAAGCCAAACCAUUUAAAUAA